GCAAAGAAAAGUGAAGCGUGGAUGUAAAGAAAAUGAAUCUCACGUCUUUAUACAGCUGUGUGUUGAGCUACGAAGCCUGACAGAACACAAACACAUGAAGAUAUGAAGACUUUUACCACAAGGCUGUUGUCUAUCUUCUUUUUCGUCUUCAUCAGCAUGCUGAUUUGGCACAAGUUUGUUCUGAAUGAUGUGCCUUUCAGACCUAUACCUGAUGUUAAACAAAAUCCUGCACGAAUAAAUGAUACAGCUGGCAGCAAUCUACACAAUGUUACACAAAAGAACAUGGUUCACAGAAACAUUUCACGAGUUACUAUUACACAAGAAGCUACACUAAAGCCUUCAAAAAGUGAUGCAGCUGUCAGCAAUCCAGACAAAGUUAAACAAAAUCCUGCAAAGAGCAAUGAUCCAGACAAAGUUAAACAAAAUCCUGCAACGAGCAAGGAAAUUGCCACUAUUGAAAAACUAAUAUCAAAAUACACUUACAAAUGGACAAAGCAGGAGGAGAACUUUAAAUCCUUCAGGUCAUUGCUCAGCAGCAGUUGUAAUGCCAUUUCCAAUGCAGUGGUUACCCAGGAAAACUCACCAUUGGGGUCAAAUAUUAGUUUUGAUGCAGAUAAAAAGAUAAUGAAGGUGAACCCAGAUCUGUACAGAGUAUUUCCCAAGGAAAGCCCCUUCAAAAAAGCACCAUGGGAUUCGUGUGCUGUUGUAGGUAACGGAGGAAUUUUAGCCAAAAGCAGCUGUGGAACACAAAUCGACUCUUCCUCAUAUGUCAUCAGGUGUAAUCUUCCUCCACUGAGCAAUGGACAUGAGAAAGAUACAGGAAACAAAACAAGCCUUGUUACAGCCAACCCCAGCAUCUUUAUGCAAAGGUACCAAUCGCUAAGUGAGCGCAGGCGGCCAUUCGUGGAAGAUAUGAAGCUGUAUGGGGACGCUCUAGUUUUUGUGCCUGCCUUCUCAUUUCGGCAGAGCACGGCUGUGUCCCUGCGUGCCGUUUAUUCGCUGGAGGAAAUCAACAUCAGUGCCUUACAAACUAUAUUCUUUAAUCCGAUUUACCUGAAAACUCUCAAAGGGUUUUGGCACAAGCAUGGAAUUCGGGAAGCCCGCCUCAGCACCGGGAUCAUGAUGGUCAGCUUGGCACUGGAGCUCUGCAACCAGGUCCAUCUCUACGGCUUCUGGCCAUUUGGAAUACAUCCGUACACCCACCAACAGCUCAGCAACCACUACUAUGAUGAUAAACCAGCAAAUAAGAAAAUGCAUUCGAUGUUAGCGGAGUUGGAAGCCUUAAUAGGGCUCCAUAACCAAGGCGUGGUCCGUCUGCACCUAGGGGAGUGCACAAAUAAAACUGCACAAUAUGGGCAAAGGUUUGUGGACAAUUAACCAUCAAACCUAACUUCCACUCUUCUGGGAAGGCCUUAGCUAGAGUCCCGCUACUAGAGUCUAGGCCACUAGAUAAGAGUGCAGCUGUGAGGGUUUGUGCUCAUUCAGCCAUAAGCGCACUGUGAGAUCUGGCACUGAUAGCUGGUGAGGAGUUCUGGGGCACAGGUGAUGUUCCAGUUCAUCCCAGUGUUGUUCAAGUGGGGUUGAGGUCAGGGCUCUGUGCCCUACACUUAAGUUUUUCUACUGCAACCAUAACUAACUGUUUUCAUGGACCUAACUUUGUAUAUAGGGGUGUUGUCAUGCUGAAACACGUAUGGGCUUCCUAAUGCUACAGCAUAAAUAACGACAUCCUGUACAACGGCAAUGGAUUAAUGAACACCAACAUAUGGGUCUCGUGUUCAAUUACGGCAUUUCUAAAUAAAAUUUAACAGCACUGUUCUAUCAAUUGUGAGCAAACGAACUGUUUUUCAAAAUAACGGUAUUACAACAGUGUUUUUGUGGUCGUUAUAUUACAGAAACUGUCUGAGAAUAUUAAAGAAUAUAAAGAGAAUAGAAUGAGGUGAAUAAUGGUAACCUGAUUAUUGUUGAUAUUGAUCAUUCAAAACUGAUUAGAAAAAAAUAUUGUUAAUCAAAUUUUGUUAAUGUGUAACAGAUGAAAAAUUGAAGUGUUGAUAUUUUUUGGGUUAGUUAUUGUACUGUUGUAGUUAGGGUGUAGGGGAAACCCUCCCAUUGAGCUUCCACAGCUGUUCUUUAAAACUGUUUUUUCUGUUUGUUUGUUUUGUCCUGUUGGCAAGCUUUCUUAAAAAGCAAAAACAGUACUCCAUUUUCUCCGAUCUGGAUUUGUGAUUUAUGAUUUACUGUAAAACCUGAAUAAUAUGUUUGUAUAUUUUGGGGUUCACACGUUUUAAAAAAUAUCGACUUUAAUAAUAUCAACCUAAUGAUCACUGGUGAAAUUUAACGAGUUAACCAAAGCUGAAGAAGGUAGGUCUAAAGACUUUAUAUAAAGAUGAAGGAUAUAUGACUUGGGGGCACGGUGGCUUAGUGGUUAGCACGUUCGCCUCACACCUCCAGGGUCGGGGUUCGAUUCCCGCCUCCGCCUUGUGUGUGUGGAGUUUGCAUGUUCUCCCCGUGCCUCGGGGGUUUCCUCCGGGUACUCCGGUUUCCUCCCCCGGUCCAAAGACAUGCAUGGUAGGUUGAUUGGCAUCUCUGGAAAAUUGUCCCUAGUGUGUGAUUGUGUGAGUGAAUGAGUGUGUGUGCCCUGUGAUGGGUUGGCACUCCGUCCAGGGUGUAUCCUGCCUUGAUGCCCGAUGACGCCUGAGAUAGGCACAGGCUCCCCGUGACCCGAGGUAGUUCGGAUAAGCGGUAGAAGAUGAAUGAAUGAAUGAUAUAUGACUUUGUUUCUCAGAAACAGUAUAUCAAUAAUAGUUUUAUUAUAGAACCAAUAUUAUGUUUAUUUCCUGUUUGCAGAAGGUUUGUGGAACAGUAUGAAACCCUUUCAGUUAGGAAGUUACUGAAUGUAAAAAGCAAAAGUUGGAAUCAAGAGCGAUGACCAAAAUGGGUUUGAUUUUAACAGCUUUUCUAAGUGGUUAAGCUCUUAAGUGUAAGUGAUCUACAAUAGGUUUUGUAUAUUCUUACAUCAGCAUAAUUGGAGUGUAAUUAUUGAAGAGAGAAAUUAUUUUAUUAUCUUGCCGCUUUCUUAUAGCGGAUGUACCAUAGUCUAGUAACUGUAGCAGGAGGGAAUGAAGUGCAAUUUAAUGGAUAACUGUUAAAUUUCCACUAAGCUCAGUCUUAAACCGACUAAGCCUUUAUAUAAACUACUGAUAUGGAAAUGGUUAGAACUAUAAAUAAAUAAGAAUCAGUAUUAUGUACCACUGAAUGUAAUUGUGAAAUGCACUGAAAUAUUUUGUAGGGCAAUUUAUUACUAUUGCUUUUGUUUAUUUCUGAUUGUACAGUUUUAUAUAAUUUUUCCCUUUAGAGUACAAAAAAGGUAACAAAAAAUAAAUGUUCAAUUGUUGAAACAAA